CGAGCAGCCACCAGUAGCAGCGCAGCCGCGUCCCCAGACAGAAACACACUCCGUCCGCCCGCCCGCUCGCCAUGGCCGCCGUUGGACCCCGAGUCGCCUUCGCUGCCUUCGCGCUCGUCGCGCUCUUCGUCGCACACGCAGACACGCUGCGGUGCUACACGUGCUCGACGGUGGCGAACAAGAACUGCGGCGACCCGUUCAACAAGUCGUACGUGCCGAUGACCGACUGUCAGACCGUCGGCGUCACAGGGACUCAGCCCAAGGAGAUCCCCGUCUGCAAGAAGGUCAAGCAGAGAGUGAACAACGGCGACCUCCAGACGGUGCGCUCCUGUGCGUGGGUGAAGCCCGAGGACCCGUGCCCUCCUUCGCCGUCCGGCGCCUACAUCCGCGAGGAGGAGUGCUCCACCUGCACGGGCGACCUCUGCAACGGCGCCGGCGUCGCGACGCCCCUCGUGCUGCCGCUGCUCGGCGUCGCCGCAGUCGCCGCCUACUCGGCACUGUGAACGCCCACCCCGUCUCUCUGGGCGUGGGGCUGCAGGGCUGGUUGGACUCGACUCCUUAUAGUUAACCACCGCUUCAGUGCUCGAAACCUUGUGCACACCGACCUCCUUCCCAUGAUGUUCAAACCCUCCCACCAGCAUUCCACCACCGCUGUCGGCGGAACCCAAUACUGUAUCCCCAUGGGACCCCUGUCACCACACUCUCUCGAGCUUCGAUUUUGGAGUUCCACAGUACGAGAAAGGUGCUAAGAUCAGAAUAUUUUAUGUCGGUAAACUUCCUUACAUAAAAUAUAGAGCGAUACUUAACUUCUCAGCAUCUCUCCUGUGCCAAUUUGGAGCACAACAUGUCACUGCGAUCACCAUUGGCAAUUUUAAAACUCUCGUGUGUUGUGGAGGAGCUCCUCACACCUACAAAAUUUUGUUAGGUCACAUCACUCUGAGAAACUCUGGGAGAAAAUUCUAGGGCAAUUCGAAUAUAAGAAACUAUCGGUCGCGGAAUGCAAACCACAGUAAAAAUCAAAACUGCUUUCUUUACACCAGUUAGCUACGCCUUCCAGCUGCUUCUCUACACAGUCGCCAGUACGACUUAGACAUCUGCCGUAGCGUUAAACCAACUUCACAUUACCCUCGCCGUAGAAAGGAGCCUCCUGUGCUUUCCUACAAUUUUCAACUUUUGACUGCAACUGACUGUUUGUGCCACAAUUUUGUCUUCGUAGCCAGUGGUUCAUUUGAACAGAGAUAAAAAUCAGAGGGAGCCAAGUCCAGACUGUGCAGUGGGUGAUGAAAUACUUCACAUCGCAAACGCUGCAGUAGCGUCGUCAUUGCCUCCGCAGUGUACGACCGGGAACUGUCAUAAAGUAGGAAACGCACGACAGCUAUGUUAUGUGGGGUUGCAUGAAAUCAGGCGAAAUCUCUCGGCAGGCACCCGUAGUUGGCGGGAGACACUAUUUUUUAGCCAUCUUUAUGCGCUCACAGUGCGCUCAUAACGGAAAAGAGCGAUGUGACACUGUCUACGGGCAUACUAGAGACACUGACCAACACAUCUGCAAAAGCGUUAUUGGAUUUUCACUGUAGUUUCCAUUUCGCGAUCGAUCGUUCCUUACUUUCCGAACAGUCUUCGUAAUUUGUAAGCAGUGCGAUGUCUGUAAAAGGAUACAAAGGUGAAUAGCUGAAUGACUGGACGUUCGGAACGACUCUGAUACCAAGCAAUUAUUGUACUAUUACUUAAGACAUACAAACUUCUAUGAAAGUACAAUACUCAUUAAAAAGUAUGAAAAUCGUAUUUCUGGCGGUAUUGUCCCAGUCAUUUACCUAUAGUUCCAAAUGGUGAAUAAUUAGGGAUAUUUUUUAGGUCGCACUCACUCGACAUUUUGCGACUGUAUGUAAGAGUACAGAAGUCAUUUUUCCCGUUAUCGCACCCAAAGCACUGAAGCACACACUUUUCUUUGUUUUAAGCACGAGGUUUCUUAGUGUCUAACACUUACAUACAGAAAAUCAUUGGACAUAGAGUAUAAGGUUUAAGUAUUCUGAAAUAUUUUAUUGUGAUAUUUCAACAAAUACAAAUAUUUCUGUAUUAUGUAUCUUUAAAGAUGUAUCUAGAGUGUACAAAAGGCUUAAACUUUAAAAUACUACGUAACUGUAAUUACUUUUUGUAAUUAGAUUAUUUACUAAUUCAUGUAACAAAUUAAUAAACUGUACGUGUUGUGAACAAAA